AGCCCAGGCGCCACGACCCGGACAGGGGGUUCGACAGGCUCCGCAGAGCUGCCGGCGGGGACCGGACAGAGACAAUGCGGCGGAUCCUUUCGCUGCCGAAGAGUGGCGUGGCUGACAGAGACGAGAAGAACAGACUGUACAACGAACAGAGUUCUGGUGACUCAUGGCUUUCAAUAGAUGAUGAACUCUUUGAAUAGUACCAAGACUACCUUUGAGAAUGUUCCACAGAAAUAUGAUAGUCGCUUAACUGGAGCUGAUGGUCAAAGAGGAAAAAUUACAAUAAAGGAACAAGAAGAUUCUCUUGAGCAAUAUCAUCACUUGAAGCCUAAGAUUGAAAUGAAAGAGUAUGUUUCGAACCAGGCAGUCGGAAUGAAAGAUGUACAAGCAUGCACAUCAGCUUUUUCAGAUUUGGAUUUUAAUAGUUUGACCUUCAGUAAUGAAAUUCAUGAAAGAUCUGAGAAUUUGAAAGUUGGUGGUCUACGUCCAUUUGUAUCUCCACCAAUGACCAACACUGUGUUGGGAUCCACAGACUUGGGACAGAUGAACUUAAUAGAUCAAGAAAAGAUGACCACUGCAGGUGCGUUUCUAUUUUGGAAUCACACUCUCCGUGACCUGUGUUGAGUUACAGCUACUAGAAAACAAAGAGAGCAAAGAAGGUAAUAAAGAAGCAUGGAGAAUUCAGUCCCAGCAUAGCUGUGCUUGGCUUCAUAAUACCAUAGUUGUGACUUUCAAAGAAUCAUUUUGUGGCAAAGUGUGUAUUGUGUUUACACCCCCCUUAUAUAAGCUAUAACCAAACAGAGGACCUAUCAGCAGGGCAUUUGUGUUCUUUAACCAAAGCAACAUAAAAAUAACAAAGAGAAUGAGAAGGAUGAGUAAUUUUGCUUAGGCUAGUAUUUAACAUAAACUUGAAUGUGAGUCCAAGGAUUACAUGUAGAACUUUGGGACUGGGGGGGAAAUGUAGGCAAGGAUGUAAAGAUUGCCUGCUCAAACACAAUGUGGUUUCUUUGCUUUAUUUUCAUAGCUCUGAAUUUGUAUCAGUUGUAACUACAUAAAAUGUUGCCCCUAAAGCACCUUCCAAACCCCAAAAUUAAGUUAUUUUUAGCAACUUCUGUGACUUUAUGUAGUAUAGAAUUGUCUUUCCCAGUAUGAAUGGGUAUCCUUGAGAAUUUGCUAGAUGGUGUCUUUUCGGCUGUGUUCACACAGUUUAUCACCUUGUUUUAAUGAAUAACAAUUUACUAGGAAUACUAGUUUGAAGGAAGGUGGUGUCAUUAAAAAGAACGUGAAAAUACAUUUUAAUUUUACUAGGACACAUAAUCUGUUGAAUAACUGCAUCUAAUAUGUGUUCUACUUUAUGUCCCGGUUAAAUUCAUUGUCUUUAAUCAGGUAUACGAUCAGAUCUAUAUAGUAAUAAAUCAUAAAAUAUUUUUGCACCCCAAUAAUUUCAUUUCCUUUUUUACAUGGCAAAACCCAGUCUCUAGAAAAAAUACAAAAUUAGCCGAGCAUGGCAGCACAUGCGUGUGGUCCCAGAUACUCAGAGGCUGAGGUGGGAGAAUCUCUAGAGUCCGGGAGGCAGAGGUUGUAGUUAGCUGAGAUCGCACCACUGUGCUCCAGCCUGGGGCUACUGAGCAAGACCUUGUCUCAAAAAAAUGACACAAAAGAAAAGAUGAUUUGAAAGAUUGUCCCAUACAGUUUAGGACAAAAGGGAUAGACAUGCAUAGAAAGAAUGUACAUUUCAGGUGGUAAAGAUACACUAGGAAAAUCAAUGCAGUACUAAGGCAGCCCCAAGGAAAGUGACGCCUGUUUAUCUGAGGAAAGAUAGCAAGAAUCAAGGAAUACUUCACACAGCAAUGUGAGUGAUGAAAAAGAAAUGGUUAGAAUAGUAGAGGAAAACAUUUCUGAUAUCGAGAACAGGAUGUACACUGGUAAAGUAUAAACAGUUACAGUAAUUCUGGAAAUCAUUGAUCAUAGGCAUAAUGUGUUGUUAAGAAUGGCACUACUGGACCAGGCGUGGUGGCUCACGCCUGUAAUCCCAGCAUUUUGGGAUGCUGAGGCAGGCAGAUCACCUGAGGUCAGGAGUUCAAGAUCAGCCUGGUUAACAUGGUGAAACCCCAUCUCUACUAAAAAUACAAAAUUUAGCGGCUUGAGCCACCUCACCCAGCUGAAAAUUUUUUUAAGACAGGCUGUCACUGUGUCACCCACACUGGAGUUUGAGUGAAUGCAAUCUUAAUGGCCACAAUCAAUAUUCUUUUUUAGGUCACAGUCAAAAUACUUUAUUGAUAAAGACCUCUCAUGUUUAUCUCAAAAGAAGCUUUAAGGAUUGUCUAGGAAUCACCAUAUGCUAUUUAGGUUCUAUGUCUCAAAAAAAGAAAAUGCUGAAAUAAUGUAGAACAUUUAAAUUCACUAUUACUAAUUACACAGUUUUCUGUGAUUGGAAAUGGUCAUCAAGCCAAAGG